UUCGUUAAUAAUCAGCAGCCGGCUUGUUGUUGUGUUAGUUUUAGGCCUAGAAGCUAAACUUGUUGUUGUGUUAGUUUCAGGCCUAGAAGCUAGACUUGUUGUUGUGUUAGUUUUAGGCCUAGAAGCUAGACGUGCUAUUAGCAACAGCAGCUAGCUACAUGAGCAUGGAUGGAUGGGGCUAACAGGUGCAUUCGUGUGCUACCUUAUUAUUUGGCUGUGUGACAAUGGCAGACCAGAGCAGUCCCACAGCAUAAGUACAGUAAUAACUGUCAAACUGUCAUGCAACAUGAAUCUGUCCGAGAUCUAUGACAACGCCAAAAAGGGUCGCGAGUACGCUUUGCUGGGCAACUACGACUCCUCCACGGUCUACUACCAGGGCGUCCUCCAGCAGAUCCACAAGCACUGCCAGACCCUCAGAGACCCGGCACUCAAAGUCAGAUGGCAGCAGGUGAGACAGGAGCUGACCGAAGAGUGGGAGCAGAUUACAAGUAUCAUGGGACUACUUGAAGCCUUCAAGUCAGAGAAGCCGGUGACAGUACAGGUCCCUCAGUCCGGAGGGAGUGGUGCCGAGGAGCCUGCAGCAUGGCCGCCGCCCACGCCGGCGGAGCACAGGAAUCCCGUUGUCGGGAAGCGUCCCAGCAGCGGAGUGAAGCAGCAGAAGAAAGAGUCACCUGCUCUGCAUCACAGAGGGGACAGUCAGGAAAGUCGUGGCCAGGCUAAGUGGAAAGGAGACAGGCCGGGAGUCCGAGAUACUCGCAGCACAAAAUCUAAUGAUGAGUGGAAGAAAGGGGAAAAAGACCAGAAAAAGUUUGAUGGCGGUGGACAUGAGAACGAACUGGUGGAGUCACUGGAGCGAGACAUCGUGUCUCGCAACUUGAAUGUACACUGGAACGACAUAGCUGAUCUGGAGGACGCCAAGAAGUUGCUGAGAGAAGCUGUGGUGCUGCCCAUGUGGAUGCCCGACUUCUUCAAGGGUAUUCGACGGCCCUGGAAGGGCGUGUUAAUGGUGGGCCCGCCAGGUACAGGAAAGACCAUGUUAGCUAAAGCCGUGGCGACGGAAUGUGGGACGACGUUCUUCAACAUGUCCUCGUCCACGCUCACUUCCAAAUACCGCGGCGAGUCGGAGAAACUUGUGCGCCUGCUCUUUGAAAUGGCCCGCUUCUACGCGCCCACCACCAUCUUCAUCGAUGAGAUCGACUCCAUCUGUAGUCGGAGAGGAACGUCGAAUGAACACGAAGCGAGCCGCAGGGUGAAAUCGGAGCUUUUGAUUCAAAUGGAUGGUGUGGGCGGCGCCCAGGACAACGACGACCCUUCCAAGAUGGUGAUGGUGCUCGCCGCCACAAACUUCCCCUGGGACAUCGACGAGGCGCUGCGGCGGCGCCUGGAGAAGCGGAUCUACAUCCCUCUGCCUACAGCUGUGGGUCGCACGGAGCUUUUGAAGAUCAACUUGCGGGAGGUGGACUUGGCCGCCGAUGUCGACCUUGAUCACAUAGCGAAGAAGACAGAAGGCUACUCCGGGGCGGACAUCACCAACGUCUGCAGGGACGCAUCAAUGAUGGCCAUGCGUCGGCGCAUCCAAGGCCUGAGCCCCGAGGAGAUCCGAGCGCUGUCCAAAGAAGAGCUGCUGAUGCCCGUGAAGAUGGAGGACUUCAGCCUGACACUAAAAAAGAUCUCCAAAUCCGUCUCCGCGGCAGACCUGGAAAGAUACAAAGCUUGGAUGUCGGAAUUUGGGUCGGGAUAGAGAAAGGAAAGAACUUAAAUCCCAGGUGCGCCUGAAUCUUCAUCCUAGCUGCUAAUCCUGAUUCCUCAUAUGGCCGAGUGAAUGAAUACAGAACCAGUGUUUACAUCUCAACCCAUUUAUUUAAAAAAAUAAUAAUUGAAUGUUGGUGUUAUACUGUGUAACAUAACACUUAUUUAUCCUGUGUCCACGAAGGAUGGUCAUUUUCUUGACGGACGAUGGAUGUUACGUAGCAGUUGAGAGUGAAUCAGCAGCGCCUCUGCUGGUUGCACUCUAUAUUUGAACUCAAUCGCUUCCAGACACAAUGGAUCAAUAAUCAAUUCCACGCAAUCAACAAAUUCUUAAACAACAUUACGACCAUGGCGAAUGUCCACUGUGUGCUGAUAUAAGAGUGUCUGUUGUUUACGGUUUUUUUCUAGAUAUCUGAAGAGACAUAAUAAAUUAAUACAAUCAUACAUUUUAUACAGUAAA